AUUACAGCCGUUUCUUCUUUCAGCGCCCGCGCUCGCUCACCCGAGCUCCCGCGCUUCCACCCCGCACUCUUUCCCCAGGCGGCGGCGACCGCGCCACCGUCCACCUCCGCCGCCGGAGCUCGCCGACGCCAUCCUCCCUCCUGCCGGUCCCCAUCUCUCCCUCUGUCGGCGCGCCUAUCCCUACCGCCUCGCACAGCCGCCCGCCGCCGCACCACCCCCACCAGCCGUCACUCCUCCGCGGUUCGCAGCCCGCCUCCCGAACCCCAUCUCUCCCCGCCACGCCUCCCCCGUCCGCCAUCUCUCCCCUGUCGCCUCCGCAGUCAGUUGCAGAACCCUCCCGAGCUUGUCCAGGCUUUAAUAUUUUCCUGGCUCCGGUACUGUACGUGAAGGAUGUUUGUUCUGAGCCAGAUCGAGCACAACCUGCCGAUGCCUCCGCACUUGCUGAAUCGCCCUCUCGUCGACGCCAUCAAGGCCGAACUCGAGAGGCUCUUCCUGGAUAAGGUGGUUGUAAAUCUCGGGCUCUGCGUGUCUGUCUAUGACAUCCUUGCCGUUGAAGGUGGAUUCAUCUUUCCAGGAGAGGGCUGCUCGACGUAUAAAGUUUCCUUUAGGUUAUUGAUGUUCAGGCCCUUUAUUGGGGAGGUUCUUGUUGGGAAGAUCAGCGGAUAUGAUGAGAAGGGUUUACAAGUUUCACUUGAUUUUUUCACCGAUAUAUGCAUCCCGGGACAUUUGAUGCAGUUUGGCACAGUGAGGGGGGAAGAUGGUAGGUGGGCAUUGAAGACUGAAGAUGGUGAUGAACUUCAUCUUGACAUUGAUGAUGAGAUACGAUUCUUGGCGUCUAGCAUAAAAUACCCACCUAUACCAGUUGAGCAAAAGGAGGAUGACAAGCCAUUUGCUCCAAUGCAGAUCAAUGGAAGUAUUAAAGGAGAUGGUCUUGGCCUUCUUGCUUGGUGGGCGGCAGAAGAGGGCGAGGAAGAGGAAGAGGGUGAAGAAGAGGGUGAGGGAGAUGGUGAGGGCGAGGAAGAGCAAGAGCAAUAGCAGCAAAGUUGUUUCUGGUAACUAUCUGUGUAACUAGAAGUUUAGACCAUAAGCUAGGUGGCAUGCUAGAAACUUGUAAUGGCUGUUAGGAAUUGAUGAUCUGCUGCUGCACAGUUUGUGGUAACACUGGCAAGCAAGCAAGCAAAGAAGAAGAAUGGCCAGAUUUGAAGUGGAAAACAUAGGGCACUGUGAGACAUCUCAUCCUAGUUGAACUUGCAACAAUUGAUGGCUAUUUCCCAGUUGAUAAUAAUGACCACCAAGAACUAUUU